GUGAAAUUGGAGAAAAUUGAAAAAUCUUAAAGAUAAUCAAGUGAAAAAAGAAUUAAAAUUUUCUAUUACGUCUGUUCAUUUUUUAUACAAACAUUUGUUUUCUAUAGUUCAAUCUGUUCAGCUCGUGCUCUUGUUUACACACGAAGAAUUUCAUCUUGAAAAUUUGCCAAAAAAAAUAAAGAAACAGAAAAUCGAAAGUUUGUUUGUUGUCGUGUGAAAACUGCAAUAAAUUUUCAUUGAAAAAUUAUUUCAUUGUCAAAAAAAUAAUUAUUUUAUGAUCAGUUUCACUGUUAAAUUACAAGCAAUUACUGCAAAAUCUUACAAGAAUUAAAGUUUUUUGGAAGUAAUCGGAACAAUUAAAACAAUUUUUAAAUAAACCCGCAAAGCAUGGAGAAUCAACAGAAAGUAACAGAAAAUUACUUGUAUCACACGGUUUCUAUAGAUGGAAGAUCACAUGGUGAGAUGCUGCUUGUCGCUAUUGGAAGUGGAGCAACAUUAGCAGUGAUAAUUCUUAUAAUUUUAAUAUCAUUGAUUAAACACAAGAAAAAGUUUAAAGACGAAGAUAACAAAAUUAUUGAAUCAGCAAGUGGAGAUAUUAUAUUCACAACAUCAUCAUCCAAUUUACAUUCACCAGCCUUACAAAAAUCUAACUUGAUGUUUAAAUAUUUUGGGAGAUCACUUUCAUCAUUUGAUGUUGAUAAACCAUACCCAAAGUCAGAUUCGGUUGCGAUUAAUAUUGAACUUGAUCAUGAUCAACUGCAAAUUUAUCGAAAGCAUGUGCUGACCCCAUUAGAUGUAUUUGAUGCAAACUCACUGAAGAACAAAUACAUCCAAACAAUUGCUGUAUAAUAAGGAGAUAGGAAUUUCGACAUUUUUUAAAAAAUGAAAAGACUGAAAAGAAAUUUGAUAUAUUUUACAAGAAAUAAUGACAAAGGCUUUAAAUUCCUUUGGAUUUUUAUAGAUAUAUUUAAUUACACGAAAUAUUCUUUAUUAUGAAAGAAUGCAAUAAUUAUUCUGUAUAGAUGAGAAAUUAAUAAAUGAUCUGAAAUAUUUAAAUGAAUUUAUAUUUAGAGAUAAUUAAUUAUGUAUUAAAAUGAAUAAUUC